AUGAUCAAUAGCCCUAGAGUACACAAAUCGGGAGGCGCAGGAACUACCCGCAAGAUACGUGAACAGCUCAACUUCAGCGACGAAAGACGGUGGAAACAGUUUUCAGGUCGAAGACUGGAACUUAUCGAGAAGUUCAAGCUUAGUGACCGCAAAGCAAGCGAGCAGGACAAAAAUGUGCAUCAAAUCGCCACGAUUUUGAGAACAGAGUUUGGGUAUCCGCUGAGCGCCUCAGCCGACUUCGAAAAACUAGUCACGGCAGCAGUACAAUCAGUCAGACGCAACCGCAAACGUUCAUCCAGGAACAAGCCUACCGAAUCCGCGUUUACAGCUUCCACCAGCCCAGUAAACGUAGUAGGUUCGCCUCACUCCAACGACUUAUUUUACGAUCACAAUAGCAAGGUAGCAUCUCCAUCGGCCACUCCGCAACCUCAUGACUCUGGUGUUACCUCUUCCAUGGCUAAAAUUCAGCCCUCGAGUUUAUUCACGCAAACAAAUCAACAACACGAUGUCCCCCGAUAUCAUAGCUUCGCACAAGCAGAUUACCCAGCACUCCAGCCCAAGCCGCAGCCUGUGGUCAGCAGACCGAACCGAACAAGUUCUCUGCCACCCAUAAUUACAGUACAAGCCCAAAAUUACGAUGAACUGAUCAAAGCCAUCAUUGCUGAUGCAGUGCACAAUCGAGUCUCGUUACAUGAACAAUCGCGACAGGACGAAUCCGCUCCCAAUUUGACCGAUUUUGCUUUGUCAAGUAAUGAUGGCAAUCUUUUGAAUCUCGCAUUCCAAUCUCAAGCGAUACACGGAUCUUCUAACACUACUGCGUGCCCAAAGACAAAGCCCACCAUUGAAAAUGACAAGAUUCCGUUCUUUCUGCGAGAAAAGAUCUUACUACACGUUCAGCGAUCAAGAGCAUGUUUGGAAGUAAGCUCAGCUCAGGGCUCACUUGAUUUAUACACGAAUUUAGCAAUUCUAGGAGAAGCUUCUAUUAAGGCAUCUGUGGCUUUCGUCAUGGAGAGGUUUUUCUCAAACUUGUCCGGGCCAUCGAUGGAAUACAUCACUUCAAAGCUCAGCUCAGCUCCAGAACUGGCAAGUGUGGCCAUAAAGAUUUUUAAACCUGCCACAGAACGCCAUUUUGAGCAGCUGUCUCAAGAAGCGCAACUAAGAUUGUUCUAUCUUACCAUGGGAAGUAUCAUCAAAGACUUCGGAUUUGAUCCCUGCGUUUAUCCAUUAAGCGAGAUUAUGCAUGAUGUGAUUCUCCGACAGUACCCAUUGGCCAGCAAUCCCAAUGGUGAUUACAAGCGGGCUGCAAUUAUGUCUACGUUGUCAAUGGCGCCUGCUACUGCCAACAAAGAUGUCUACCGAAAAGUACUUUUGAAAUGUAAAGAUAAAGAACAAAGAUUUACGUUCCACCUUUUAAGCAAUGGCCCACCUACUGUGGCAGAGGUUUUGGCGAAUUCUCGUAAUUUAUUCCAGAUUGUGUCUGAAGCCAAGAGUUUACAUUUAAUACACAAUGGCGAGCUUAUCAAGGAUGACAUGGAGUUGGCCAAAAUUUUCAAUCAAUUCACUUCUGAAGAAAUCGUUGUCGACAUCCGGGAGAUUAAACCAGAGUCUUUUGAUGGGCUCGCGAUGUUGAGUAGUGUCUCUACAUCUACUCUGCCCAGUAUUCACGAACCACCUGAUAUUCCUUCUUUCUCAGAAAGGAAAUGGACUGGCCCAUCUAAUGUAACACUCUUUCCACAGGACCACUUCUCAGACCACUUCACAGACCAUGCUUCGAGUCUUCACGAUAUUCCCGCUCUAGAUAGCGAGCAAAGCCAGAAUACACAAUCAUACCUCGCUUCAGAUAGAAGAUCACCAAGUGAGCUACCAAUGAGAAUUGUGCGCGAGAAGAAGGAAGACACACAAGGUAACGGCGAAACUGGGAGAGGUAAACCGCCACUUGUCUUUCAGCCUCUAUUGUAA